ACAGAGUUCACACUGGGGAAAAGCCUUAUAAAUGUAAACAGUGUGGCAAGUGUUUUAGUGUACCAGGAAGCUUAAAGAAUCAUAUCAGAGUGCACACUCAGGAAAAGCCUUAUCAAUGUAAACAGUGUGGCAAGUGUUUUAGCGAAGCAGGAAACUUAAAAAGACACGACAGAGUUCACACUGGGGAAAAGCCUUAUAAAUGUAAACAGUGUGGCAAGUGUUUUAGCCAAGCAAAAAGCUUAAAGGAACAUAACAGAGUUAACACUGUGGAAAGGCCUUAUCAAUGUAAAGAGGGUGGCAAGUGUUUUAGCGCCGCAGCAAACUUCAAAAAACAUAACAGAGUUCACUCUGGGGAAAAGCCUCAUGAAUGUAAAUAUACUCAGGUAACGCCACAUAAAUAUUCCCAGAGAAAUGGCUGUCCGUCUAAACGAUCAGCAAUUGUUGAGAAACACAGUUGUUGGAUUUGUCAAGAGGAGAUGAGUAGUGAAAAAGCUCUUCUUCAGCAUUAUGACAAUCAUAUGACAUAUAUAUGUGAAGCUGAUUCUUAAGUUAAUAAAAAUACUUUCAGUUCAAUAAAGUUUUCCUUUGUUUAAUUUAGUUCCAGUUUUUCGUCACAAUAGUUUUUAGGUUUCCGUGUUUAAACGGCUAGCUUUUUGUUUAAACUGAAGGAUCAAAUGUAACAUGAAUUAUAGCUUUCCAUUAAAAACCACAGUAUUUUCAAAUUACAGUAAAAAAUAAAAAAUAUUUUUUGGAGAAAUCAGUAACUGCCAAAACCAUUGGCAUAGCCGUUACAUAAUGUCCAUGAAAUUUAAAAGAUAUUUUUUCUCUCACAGCUGUUGUCUAAGCCUGAUGCAAAAAAUAACAAAAAUGCUUUUUUAUUUGACCAAGUAAUAUACAUCUGUGAUAACAAAACCAAUCAGUUCCAAAGGGACAAGCAAGAGAUUUGACGUUAAAUUUGUCAUACUUCAUGGAUGUUACUUUCAUGGACGUUACAUUAUGACAACAACAAAUUCAGGAAGCUCACUAAUAAUUGCCAAAAAAACCUGGUUCUAAUAUUAAUUUGUUAUACAGCAAUAAAAAUGUAUAUUCAGCAUUGCUAAAUAUUAUUAUGGAGUUAAAGAAAGCACUUAGAAUCUUAUUGGAGAUAAUAGCCAAUUAUAACAACAUUAUUAAUCAUAUACCACAGUCAACAGAAAUAUCAAGUGUAAGUUACAUGUAUUUCAUCUAUUGAAGUAAACAUAUCAAAUGGUCAAUAUAGCUCUGUGAAAACUUCUAAAUUUCCAACAGUGUCUAAAAUUUGAGAAUAAUAUGGAACUCAAAGAUACUCUAAUUAAUAGACCUGAGGUAUCAAACAUAUCCAGUUUUCAUCACAAUGCUGAAAAAGAGCUUGAAAUAAGGCUUUUCUUUUAGAAACACCCUUUCUACCAGCAGCUUCUUUGAAAUUUUUAGAUCAUGGAACAAAAAAAGUACACGAAGAUCAGCUUAAAGAUGAGUCACAAACAUUUACUUAGUGACUUAUGUUUUUCGUCAAAAAGGUGAAAAUUUAAGGAAAAGAUAAAGAUUAUUUCAAAACUAAUGGCUAGUUUUCUAAGGUUUGUGAGAAAGAAAGAAAGUAUAUACAGGGAAUGUACAUUUUUGACAUCACUGAUUUCUUUAUCUUUUUUACACACUGUAACGUCCAUGUUCUGGAAUGUAACAUCCAUGGCAGUGUUUUGUCAUCAAGCAAAGAACGCACACAUCACAAAAGAAAUAUUUAUCACUUUGUAAUUGUGGUAUCACUAUUUGCCUAAAAAACAAUAUCAUUUGUUUUUAGUUAUGCUUACAGAAUUCGCAGGAAUUUAAUGUUUAACAUUUGCACUAAAGAAAAAGUAUCGUAUCGUCGUACUGUAUGCGAAAAUUUUCUCGAUUUGAUGAAACUAGGUGUGUACGGUGGUCCCGGUUAAUUUUCAGCUUGUGCGCCUGGCCCAGCAACUGCGCAAACUGGGUUUGGCAACGAGUCGCGUUUGCCGAAUUGUGUCAGGAUUUCAUGCCAAACUAAAAGGUGAGUAUGUCUUGUAGUACAUCUAUUUUUCGAUUUCUUUUAAUGAAAAAGCUAUUCAGCAGUACUGGAAUUGUUUGGUAUUAAAGAACUUGAUUUGUUAGACACAAAUCAGCAACGUGGAUUGACAGACUCGAUCCAAACCACAUCAGGAAUAGCUCAAAUUUUUCAAAACCCAGUCAAAAACAAGAAAGGUGCUAAUGUGAAAAAAACGGGUUUUGUUCUAUAUUGAGGUAUUGAGGAUUUAAUAAUAAACAGUGGUCCAUGUGUUUGUAGGGUUAGUUUUAUAUUGCGAAAUCCCGAUUAUUUUAUUUAACACAAGGAUCAGAAAAAGUGAACUGGGAAAUAUCUCAAAGGUGAUAAACUUGAAACAGUGCUCCAUGUUUUUGUAGGGCUAGUUUAUUGCGAAAUCAUUUAUAUCAGGUGCGUUCAAGAAUGUCACACUCGAAGGCAACAGUUGUUCGACACAUUAGUUAUAGGACAUUUAUAUUAUUAGUUACAAAUACAUAAUUAAAGAUGGUUUUGUUGUUUAACAUGCGUUCUAUUACAUUUGCAGUGUUGGUUGAACUCAUUAUGAGAUGUAUAAAAAACAAUUGUCCAUCCUAAGCAUGACGCAGGGUUCGCAAAUACGCCAAAUUUGGCGUAUUUUACGCCAAAAUUGUUCAGAUGACUCCACAGAGGUUACAGAGGGAGUCACUUCGACUCCAGAAAUUUCCAGUAACAAACAGGGAGCCACUUCGACUACAGAAAUUUUCGGUAACAAACACAGUUUUGUCCUUUCCUUUUUCGCAACAAAUACAAUUUACGUUAAUUGUAAACGUUGUAAACCUUAAUUAAAUCAUCAUUUAUAUAUUAUACUGCAUGACAAAACAGGUAAAUUACGAUCAAAGUUUACUUCGAUGACCACCAUCAUGGAUUUGAGCUUUCCAGGUCAGCGGACCGCAACAGCUACUUCAUGUAUCCUUAACGAUAGUGUAUACAUGCCAGGACCACGUGCUGGAAAGUCUGAAAAUGGCUUUUUUCGUAGUGAUAAUUGACUCCAAAUAUUCCAAAAUGACUCCAAAAUUUGUGAAGCAGAAGUCACAGUGACUCCACUCAUCAAUAAAAUUUGCAAACCCUGAUGACGUGUAUGAGGAUUUUCAUUAACCCAGGAAACAAAGUGUAAUAAUUGAGAAAAGAAUAUUACACUCAGAAACUCUAAUACAAAAACUGCAUUUCAAAGGUUCAUGGCAAAUACAUGGACAACCACAUGGAGUCAAAAGGUCAGGGGCAGAUUUAGUGACAACUAUGACUAGUUUAAAUUAAAAUUUUUGCAUAAUAUUAUAUUUGAUGAGUUUUUCAUCUAACAUGCAACUAGCACCUACCUGUCAUAAACAAAGUGAAAGGGAAUAGUUGUUUGUUAUUUUGUAUCUGUUCUAAUGAUUUUUCUCUAACCACACUUAUGCAAAUGUAACAUCCAUGAUCGUGGAAUGACCCCUAUAUGUGUUGCCCAGUUUCCAGUGUUAAAUGUCUGCUCAUGAUGACUUCUCAUUUCACGAAUGAAAACAGGCUUAUAUUUCUUCUUAAGUUCAGCUUACUCACUUGCGUAUGCUUCACUCUAGUUUUUUCAUGUUGUCUUUACAGCAAGGGUGUUUUUAACUCUCCAGUUGUUAUAAUUACUGUAAAUAAUCUGAAGAAGCAAAAACAAUCAUAAAUACCUUUGGAGAAUUUUCAUUGUUGUCAUACUUGAUAAGCACUCCAUUCUAAAAAAAUGUCAAAUAUUUCAACUUUGUAGUGAGUUGACUAACUUCUCCCCUAAUGCACAAAGGGAAAUAAGGAAAUAGUGAGGAAAUAAACUUUUCCCUACUCUGGUUCAAUUUCGAUUUUUAACCCCUUUAUUUUCCAUGCAGAUAAUCUGUGAAGCUGUGUGAUUUUUGUCCUUGCUCGUUAACCAUUGGUUACUUGAGGGGGCUACUUGCUAUCUCCUUUUGUUCUGGGCACUUGAACAUCCAUUUAUCUGCUUUUUCCACAAAAACGGACUGAUAAUAUUCAAAUUUCUGCCCAGACUUGUCCAACUUAUUUCAAAAUACCGAAAAACAAAUAAAGGCAAUAUUGUGUAGCAGACUUUGUGUAAGUUUUUUAUUGCCAAAACUUUCUUUUUACAAAGGCAAAAGUGGAUGAAUUUAAUUACUUACAGUUUCUUAAUGAUGAUUGUGAGCUCCUUGGGGCUGAAGAAGUACUUUUUGGGGAGUUUCCAACAUUCAGAGUCCAGUUUGAUGAAUAUUUUAAUAAUUUUUCCUCCACAUCCACUCUGGAUAGGUGAGAUCCUGAGUCCAGCAACAAAGAGAAAAAUCCAGAGCCAACUCAGAAAGUACAAAAUGUAGAUUCUACCACGUCCCCUGAAAUCUCAAGCGAAGAAAUUGAAGAGCUCACCACUGUUACCAUCAACAAAAAUACCUCCCGCUCGACAAAUGGAUGGAUGAAUGUAUUCAAAAGGUGGUGCCAGUCCAGCCAUCUAGAAAAUGUAAACAUAAAAACAAAUGGACGGAGAUGAUUGAACAACAACAACAAUCUUCUUUUGUACUCACUCUUGCUCAAAAAUAAAUCAAAACAAUGAAAAUAUUAAAAGUAAAAAGUACAGUACAUGGCUGCCUGGAAUAACCAUGGGGGCUAGUGGAGCCAGGCAGCCAGCCGGAAUCCCAGCCACUGAAAGGUGUUUAAAGGAGAACUGAGUGUUGUCAAUUAAGUAAAUUGUUUUAAAAAACAUGCAAGUUGUGAUCCGAUCGUAUUCUCACAACGAAAAGAAUGAAUAUAUAGAAAAGUACUAAAGUAUGCACAGAUUUUCUUUUUAUGAGUCACGUAUUUUGAAAAGAGAACAUUGAAGACAGAGUAAAAUUAUUGGAAUUAAACGUUUUAAAUAGUUGUCUAAAGAUAACAACACCCAAUUUGCGUAAAACAGGUCUUAACUGAGGGAACUUAGGAGAGAACUUAGCUCCUAAAUUUCCAAAGUGAGGGUGGGCCAUGUCCUUCACUCCACUACCCCCCUCCCUCCCCCCAUGGAAGCGCACUUCUGGCGCAUAUUUUUUGCCUUACCAUCAUGAAUGGUCCCUUAUCUGCUGAAAUAAAAUUUAGGGAGAACACUGAAUUGGUGUCAAUCAUCAUUGUAAGAAAAAAGAAAUGAUUAAUAUGUAAAAGUGUCUUGCGUUUUAGAUAUUCUCGCAACUGAAAUUUUGCCAUUCGAUUAGUUAUAUUUUCCCCUUUUUUUCUUAUAAUCCCUCACCCUUACCCUCGUUUUAGCAACACCGAAGUUUCACAAGUCACAAGAAAUCCUCCAAGUGAAGGCAAUUUCUGUGCGACAACAAGGAACGACCACUACUGGUUCCUAUCAAUCGCGUCUAACAGCAAGGUCAAAAGCACCAGCUGGUUUUGCAGGAUUUCCAAGUUGUUCCCCACAGUUUCAGUACCGCAUGGCCGCUUUUACAUAUCUCAAAUCGCCCUUUCCCUUUUAG